UUCUUAUUCUUACGUCAUCGCAUGCGACAUUUUGAUUUUGUGAUUUGAGUCAAAAUUCUUAUUUACGCUUCGAAUGUAUCAGUGCAGGAUAAAAAUUUCAUAUUGUUGCUGUUAAGUAUACUAUGCUGGAAAAAAAGCCAACAUCUAAGUUUAAACGUGUACUUGGUUUAACUGCGGCGACUAUAUUCGUUGCCGAAUCUAUAGGUAUUGCUAUAUCUUACGGAUUAUGGUACAAAUUAAACACUGAAAGAGACUUUCGAUUUUAUAUGCACAAGAAUUACAAUUGGGUGCUGGAAGGUUACUACAAAUUGGGUGAAACACUAGGUGGGCACAAGACUCGUGAACUCGACGCAAAAGUGUGGACAAACGAGGGCAAGAUAUAAUCUCGGUGAGAUGAGCAUUGCUGCUAAGUCUUUGUUCUGGGUGAUCUCCUUUGGAACCCUCGGCUACGGCCUCUUCACAUUUGUCAAACCUGAUGAUGAACUACUCAAGAAGUUUGAUCAAGGAUCUAAAUAUACAGAUGCCAGAAGAGUAUCACAUGACACCAUAGCUGUUCUUAAAGAAGCUGCUAAUCCCAAUUCUGAUAUAAAAAGACUAAGCAGACGAGAUGCACAAAGAUUAGAAAAACUUCAGAAAGCUCACAGGGCAAGGGAAGAAGUUGAUGCCACAAAUGAAAACGAGGAUUAUUUUUCUGGAGCAUUCAAAAUAAGAUCUGAGAACAUUGAACAAUUGCUCUCUCACAUACCAACACUGGAAACAAAUGUAUUGCCUCAGCACUUUGAUAACAUUAAGAGAGAAGCCAAUGAGUUACAAAAGUUUGUGGUUACUUCUUCCUUUUUUUUAAAAGAGUUUAAUAUGCGAAAGUAUUUGGGUAUUGUACAAAAUUUGCAAACAAAAUGUUAUGAAUUAGAAGAUAGAUAUGUGCCACGAAAGAAAUUUGGUUUCACUAGAAAAAAGUUACCAAAAUCUCACACUCAAAAAGAGAAUUCUAUGGAUGAAAAUGAUGGGUCUGGCAAGACAGACAGCAACAAGUGGGAUGAAAAGCUAUUUGGAUUUGACUCUAAGGAAGAUAAAGUUUUGUCUUUAGAAAAUGAUGAGUUAUUUCAACGUGAUGUUGCUUUGCGGAAUUUAAAGAAUUGCACUGUUGGAUUGAGAGGUGUUAUGGGGACUUUACAUAUAACCAAUUUGGAUAACUGCAUAGUCCUUACGGGGCCUGUGACCUCUUCUGUUUUCAUAGAGAAGUGCACAAAUUGUAAGAUUGUUACUGCUUGCCAACAACUCCGAAUGCAUAGCUCUAUUAAGUGCGAUAUAUAUUUACAUGUUACUAGUAAGGGUAUUGUAGAAGAUUGUGACCAUAUUCACACGGCACCUUAUAAUUUGCACUAUGAAGAUUUGGAAAAGCAUUUUAAUAUGUCGUCACUAGAUAGAAAUACUAAUAAUUGGGAUUGCUUGGAUGAUUUCAAUUGGCUAGCACCAGAUGUACCCUCACCUAAUUGGUCAAUUUUGGAUGUUACAGAAAGGGUUUGUGAUUGGGACGAGUGGUGGUCUAAAACACCAUUAUAAUGUCACAUUUUCAGUCUUUGUUAAAAUAUUUAAAUUAGAUAACAUAUUUUUAGUUUAAAUCAUUUAAAUAUACUAUACAACUGAAUUCAACAUUUUAUUGGAAAAUAAUAUUUAUAUAAGCAGUUUUAAAAGAUUUUUUCCUUUAGCAGUGCAUUUUUUUUUUCAAAGAACAAAAAUAAAGAGUUGUCAAUAUUAAUUAAAAUAUUUUUUAAUUUAAAUUAAUCAUAAGGUCCACAUUAUUAUCAUUAUAUAAUAAUUUUGUUAAGACUUAUACAUUGCUUACUAUUAAAGAUUUAACAUUGUCUGCUAAAAUUAAAAUAAAAUUAUAUGUAGAAAUACACAAAAACAUAACUGCAUAGUUAACACAAUAUAGAAGCUUUUAAUAAAUAUUUAUGAAUUAAAGUCUUUUGUAAAAUUUA